AUGGCCCCUCGAACCAAGCGACAGACCGCACAGUCCGGCGCCGUGACGAGCUCUGCCAACCAAGACGAAGCCGCGAAGAACAAAUCAUACGUACAAGACGCAGACUUACACGUUAUGGAAGACACUCAAGUCCACGGAGGUGAGAAGGUCGACCCUCUUAGCGCUAGCCUAGCCGUGGAGACUAGGGGGAAGUCCACUUCCACCACCCUUCCCGCCAGCCUCAACCUGGGUUCCACGUCCGUCAGAUUCACGGCGUUCACAAUCUCCAGUGCAAGUCCGGCCAAAUCCGGAAAACCGAACAAGCAAACCCCUUGUCUCCGGAGCCAUCCGGUCCCUCAUCCCACUUCAUUAAUCUUUACUCACGGCGCAGGAGGCGAUCUCUCGGCCUCUGCCAUGGUGAAUUUCUCGCAAGGAUUCGCGUCGGCAGGCUCGGCCAUCGUGAUGUUCCAGGGAAGCAUGAAUGUGAAGGCAAGGGCAAGUCUAUUUGGGCUUGUGAAAGAGCAUGAGAUGGAGAGCGGAUCGCUAGCACGAGGCCUCGACGGGCAGAAAGCUUCCGUGUCAUACGGUGGUCGAAGUAUGGGGGCGCGCGCAGCCGUGAUCGCAUCGCAUACCGACAGCGAGGUGAAGGCUCUGGUGCUGGCAUCGUAUCCCCUCGUAGGACCGAGCGGAGACAUGCGGGACAAGAUUCUCCUCGACCUUGAUGAAGAUACGGACGUACUCUUCAUCUCCGGGGAUAACGAUAGCAUGUGUCCACUUCAGAGUCUACAAGUUGUCAGGGGAAAGAUGAAGGCAAAGACAUGGAGGGUGAUUGUAAAGGGUGCAGAUCACGGGAUGAACAUUCGCGGAGGAAAGCGGCUAAAGGAAGGGACGGAGAAGUUGGGUAAGGAGUGUGGGUGGAUUGCGGCGGAGUGGCUUCGGGAUCGGGAUCCAGAGAAGAGAGAAAUGGCGAUACGGUGGGACGGCGAUAUAGGGAAAGCUGAAGGGAGCAUGUGGGCCGGAAUAGGGACAGAAAUGGCGCAAGGCUCUGUGAAGAGAGGAAAGAAAGGGAGCGAUGAUGGCAUGGACGAAGAUGGAAGAGAUGAAGAUGCUGAGAGCAGAGGGAAGAGGAAGAGGACGAAGAAAUGA